AUGCGGCUCCGACCACAGUGGUAUACGCGUGCUGGGUGGCGCGACACACCGUCUCUCGUUUUCGCACGCCCAAGUGUGCCUCGAGUCGGAGGACAGGCAGCAAAAUUUGCAUCCGCGAGGUCAUCUGACCCUCUCGACCCUCAGGACGUCGAGCUAGCCCGAACGUGGCUGAAAGCCUUCCAGUCCGGCGCGCAGUCCAUUCCCCGCCAGCUCGGCCAGAUCUCCUUCAGCCGGUCGAGCGGUCCUGGCGGUCAAAACGUGAAUAAGUCGGUGCAAGCCCUGAUCCACCUGCACUUGCUCCCAUCACACUGCUCCCUCGGUGCCAUCAGGAAUGUGGUCAAUUCAAAAGCCACUCUCAAAGUACCGCUGUCCGCAUUGUUCCCUCUGGUGCCGCCUCUGUUACAUCCCCAGCUUCGUGCCUCGCGCUAUGCCACCGAGCGGUCGCAGGCGCUGGUCAUUCAGUCGGAUGAGUCGAGGCAGCAGUCAACCAACGUGGACGCAUGUUAUGCGAAACUGAAUCAGCUUCUCAUCAGCUCGGCAAGGGACACCAUUCCCGGGGUGACUUCUCAGGUUCAAAAGGACCGCGUGACUAAAUUGUAG